UACAUGCACCGGUUGCGCGGUUAUCGCGUAGAGUUCAUCACGCAGAGUCCCGCGACAGCCACGACGUGUCUGUCAUUAGUUCGUUGAGCAGCACGAUAGAAGAUGAACGUGGUUGCGUUAAUAAGUGGAGGCAAAGACAGCUGCUACAACAUGAUGCAGUGCGUUGCUGCUGGGCACCGGAUCGCAGCUCUGGCCAACCUCCGUCCUGCCAACACAGACGAGUUGGACAGCUACAUGUACCAGACCGUGGGCCACCAGGCCGUACACCUGUUUGCUGAGGCCAUGGAUCUGCCCCUGUACCGACGCACCAUCCGGGGCUCGAGCCUGAACACCAGCAGGAACUACAGCGUGACGGAGGGGGACGAGGUGGAGGAUCUGUACGAGCUGCUGCUCCUCGUCAAGGAAAAGGAGGGUGUCGAGGCGGUGUCUGUAGGGGCCAUCCUCUCCGAUUACCAGAGGGUCCGUGUGGAAAAUGUAUGUUUGCGUCUCGGUUUGCAGCCCCUGGCUUACCUGUGGCGCCGAGAUCAAGAGUCCCUGCUCUCCGAGAUGAUAUCGUUUGACCUCCACGCCGUCCUCAUCAAAGUCGCCGCCUUCGGCCUGGAUCCAGAGAAGCACUUAGGGAAACCUCUGGCGGACGUGGAGGCCGAACUGAAACAGCUCUCCCAGAAGUAUGGAGUCCAUAUCUGUGGAGAAGGAGGUGAAUAUGAAACCUUCACCCUCGAUUGCCCCCUAUUCAAAAAGAAGAUGGUCAUCGAUGCAGCGGAGAUGGUGAUCCACUCGGCAGAUGCCUUUGCUCCUGUUGGCUACCUCAACUUCACCGCGAUGCACACGGAGAACAAGGAUGCCGAUGUGGUGGCGAGAGCUUUGCCCCAUGGUAGUUGUCCUUGCCAGAACGCCAUUGACAAGAUGACUGAGGAGGUGGAAUAUGCUGAUCAAGCUCAAGACAACCAGCAAGAAUUUACAUCAGAUUGUGACCUUAGUUGUCAGCAGGGCCACGAUCUCCUCCCCUCCUGCUCACCAAGAAGCUCCGAAGGCUAUCAGUGGAUCUCUGGCAUCAACGGCCUUCAGUGCAAAGAUCUCGGGAUCCAGGGCCAGACAUCGGCUGCUUUCAAACAGCUGCAGAGUGAGCUGGACAGCAGAGGCUGGAAGAUGAAGGACAUCCUCCUUGUUCAUCUGUACGUGAGGUCCAUGGAGGACUUUGUUGCUCUCAACGCCGUCUAUAAGGAGCACUUUGGCAUGAACCCGCCAGCAAGGGUGUGUGUUCAGGCUCCUCUCCCUGCCAGCCGGCUGCUGCAGAUGGACUGCCUGCUCCAGGACUGGACCGAGCCCCCGGAGGAGGGCUGCUUCCACCAGAGGGAAGCCCUGCAUGUCCAGAGCCUGUCCCACUGGGCCCCGGCCAACAUCGGGCCCUACAGUCAGGCCCUCAGGGUUGACGAGUCAGUGUUCUGCGCGGGUCAGAUUGCAUUAGUCCCAUGUACCAUGCAGCUGGUAAAGGCUGGGACCAGGAUCCAGGCCCACUUGUCCUUCAGCCACGUCAAGAAGGUUCUGGAGGCCGUGAUCAGCAGCCUGACUCUAGCUCAUGUGGUCCAGGCCCACUGCUACAUCACAAGACGCCAAGACGCCCCCAUCGUCAGGGCCGUCUGGGAGAGCAUGCUGAGGGCUGCAGAGGAAGAGAAGGACAUCCGGCGGGAGCCUGAGGCCCGCCCCGCGCCGCUGUCGGUCGUCGUGGUGCCGGCCUUACCCAGGGGGGCGGCCGUCGAGCUCCACGUCACCGCGGUUCAGGACGACCCCGCCAGGAGGACUUCCUGCCGCACGACCACCGAGCUGGCGUGCGGCUCCGUGGAGUGCCACGCCGUGACGUCGGCCGCCGCGCGCCGCGCCGCGCUCUCGCUCUCCCUGGCUGUGCCCGGCGAUGACCCGGAGGUCACGGCUGGAGAGGACGUCGCGGACGCCGUCGCCGCCACGUUCAAGCGAGCCGUGGACAAGAUGGACGCCCGGCUGGUGCCGCUGUGUGCCAGGGUGUUCUACAAGUGCCGCCACGCUGUGGCACGGCAGGUUGCUCGAGGACUGGAAGAAAGUUUGAGAAGCUCUCUCGGAGCAUCCAGUCCGUCUGUGGCUCUGGUUCCGGUCCUGGACUUGCCUGACUCCCAGGUCCUCCACCUGUCCUGCUGGCUCAGUGGAUAGAAACACAGCCGAGUCGUCCACGGCACUGGAAUUCAUUUGGGCUUUUCUGCAGGAGUGCAUCUGACAACAGAACACCACAUGACUUACACCACCACAUCAGGGCAUGUGGAAAGUACAAACUGCAUCACUGCUCCUUAAUGUUGUCACUGCUAAUUGUCGAGAAUGCAAAGCUUUUCUCUGUCUGCGCGUGGUUUUGAUAAUGUUCUGCUUUGAGGGUGUAUUUAUUCCACUUCAUAUCCCAGAAUGUGUAAUUCACUCCUCUGGAGUUAAAUACUGCAGCAGCUGUUAUUCUGGGAGAAGAGUCUUACGGAACCUCUCCGAGCUCAAGCUGCAUACCAGAGGACUGGAGACCGUCGGCAGUGUCUCGUUCCACGAGGCGAUAAGCUGUACCCCUGAUAUCCCACUGUUCCUCUCCCCACGUCGGCUAACACCCCUCAUAAAGGCCGAGUGCCACCGCUAACACCAUCUGUUCACUUGUAAACCUAUAGAUUGACUGAGCGACGGUUUGUGGCAGUGUGUAAUGUGUGCGCAUGAGGUGACUGUGUUGAUCGCUCUCAUGCUCUAUGGGAUCCAAGGUGUGUUAUUAUUGUGUAAUAGGCAAUCAGCACCAAGCACCUGAAAAGAUUAAGCCUCUUUAUGUUUUCUAUUGAUUCUAAGGCAAGCUGGUUAAUAGGAGGGGGACACCACCACACACACCGCUGCAGGGCAGGUGUGUGUGUGGUGUGUGUGCGUGGCUGUCGAUGGACAUUGUGACGAUGUGGGAAGAAAAUAACACCAUUAAGCAUUGCUCCUGGAACAUUUGUUUUCUCAAAGAUCAUGAACCGUAUUGAUGAUCGAGUUGGAACGCUUCUUCACUCUCUUCUCUUCAUUGUGCUUGUGACGGCGGCAGAGUGGAGUGAACUAUUGAUCCCGACCCACCGCAAUGUGGUUUUGAUUGUUAUCAAAAAUUGAACAAUAGAGGCAGCCAAUAGGGCCUGAAGAUGUUUAUUGAGAGUUGAAAAACACAAACAAGCAAUUAUUUAUGAGAAAGAGCAAGCCGAUGCGCCAUAAAUAUACAGUGUGUGUGUUAAUGUGCACCGGUUUGGUUUUAAAGGGCCUCACCAGGGGACAUUCACAGUUGUUGAAUGAUGCAGCUGUCCAAUGCACACCGAGAUGAAGGUAUAUUUUAAUAAAGUACUUUCAUUAUAUACUUGUACACCCCCAAGUCAAGUAAACACUAGACAGUCAAUCCACAAAUAUUUGAUGAUACUUCAGUGUUUUCAAUAAAUAGAGCUGUUUUAACAGCCACACAUCUUGCAAUGACAAAAUAGAGCUGCAGACAUCUUCCUAAAAAGGUUUUCUUUGUCAAUGUUUCUUCUUUAAACGUCUAAAUGUGUGUAACAUGUUGAAUGCCGAGCAGCGUGUCGACAAACGAGACCGCUGAGCAAACACGCGCGUUCUGCAGUCUUGGUAAACAUGCGGGAAAGAUUGAGAAAUGUUUUGGGGUUCAAAUUUAUCAAUGAAAAUAAAGAAACGGCACACACCA